AUGUUGUCGCUCUACGUUCUGGGGGCGUUCUUCGUCGGCUUGGUUUUCUGGGCGUUGAAGCCGGCAAAGCAGAACCCGUACCCAUUACCACCAGGGCCUCCAGCAGAGCCAAUAUUCGGCCAUGCGAGACUCAUCCCGACAACUCGCCCUGAAGUGACUUACGCAAAAUGGACCAAAGAUUAUAAUUCUGACGUGCUCUACCUCAACCUCUUGGGAAAACAUGCAAUCAUUCUCAACAGCCAGAAGGCCGCAACAGAUCUUCUGGACAGACGAGGGGCAAACUAUAGUGAUCGUCCACGAUUCCCAUUCUUUGAUGAGAUGGGUUGGCGUCAGAUCUUGACAUUCUACUCGCAAGGUCCCGAGUUCAGGAAGCACCGUAGAAUGUUUAAUACUGCUUUCUCUGCCGGAAACUGCCUCAUGUACAGAGAUGGCCAGCAAAAGGAGGCCCGAAAAAUGCUCAAAAACAUCGUUAAGGAUCCGACGGAAUGGAGGAAGCACAUGGUUUUUUUCGCAAUUGCAAUUAUCAUUCGGCUCACCUAUGGGAUUGAGGUUACUGGCCCCGAGGAUCCCUUAAUUGAACUGGCGGAUAAAGGCGGCAAGACAGUCAGCGAAGGGGGGCCUGCUGGCGCAACUUUUGUUGAUAUCUUUCCAUUCGUUCGAGCUCUCCCUCACUCUCUAUCGUUCCUCAUCCCGUCUUUGAAGUUUGCACGCGAUCAGAUCCCUGUACUUCGCGCAAUGAAAGACAUCCCGUUCGGGAUGGUGGAAGACCGGAUAAAAAAUAAAACCGCCCGGGAUUCGUUCCUGGUAAAGGUACUCAGAGAGCGGGCUCAAAAUGCAGAGGAAUUACAAGGUCUCACAGACGAAGAUCUCAAGGGAGCCACGUCUACGAUUUUUACGGCGGGCCAAGAUACUACUUGGUCACAACUCAUGUACUUCGUCCUAGCCAUGACUUACUACCCAGAAAUUCAAAAGAAGGCAUGGGCCGAGAUUGAAUCUGUUGUUGGGCAUGAUCGCUUGCCGGAGUUCAGUGACCAGCCCAAUCUUCCUUAUUUAAACAAUGUCGUCAAAGAAGCAUUUAGAUGGAACUUAGUGGUGCCUCUUGGAAUUCCUCAUGUUAAUAACAAAGACGAUGAAUACAACGGCUAUUUCAUACCAAAAGGCUCCCUUGUAAUUGCCAAUGGCUAUGCCAUUCAUCGGGAUGCAGCUGUCUACAAAAACCCUGAAAGGUUCGAUCCAGAUCGAUUCAUUCCGAAAGAACAAGGAGGUCGCGGAGAGCCAGCCCCGGAGGCACACUUUGGUUUCGGUCGCAGGCUAAAGAUGAAAGAGGAGUUGAAAUCACUCCUGACCCUGAAAUUACACUUGGUGUCACGAGUCAUCCACGAUCUUUUCCUUGCACCGUAA